AAAUUGCGAGCUGAAAAGAAUCUGAAUGACUAUAUUAAGACAGUUGCAGUCAAGAUGUUUUCUAACGAAGAGGCAUACACUCUAAAGCUAGAAAAUUAUCGCAAAAGAUAUGCAGAUAAUGAUCUGUAUAUCAGCUUAAAGAAAUUAUACGAGCUUUAUUAUUAUAUAGCUAAAGAGGAGAAUCGCGAAAGAUCAGAUGAUGAAAUAGAAUAA